CUGCUAAUUAUAUGCCAUGUCAAACGCGGCAGCAAUAUAUUGCAAUGCACAAAAGAGAGACUACGUAAGCCGUAUACGAGGGCGUAACGAUAUUUUCCUGAUAUCCCCUAUUCUGAAUAUAGACUGGUUGUACCAAACCCCUGGAGGUCCCCAAUCAUUAAUCAGCUCACACAGUGUUAAAGUAGAUGUGGACGUAGUAUUGCAACACUUUACAUUGUGGAUCAAACAUAAUGGUUACGUAGGUAACUACACGUUGAGUCUGCCUCCUGUAGUGAACGGUAUAUUCAAGGCACAGCACAUACUGGACCCUUCAUACCGCAAUAUCCGCCCUAUUCCAACGGGUGGCGCCAGGAGUACAAGUCAACUUGAGAUUGACGUUUCCAGGUUUGAUAAUAGUUCACCAGAGGUCAUUGUUGUAGCCAACCUUAGGAGGGGGUGCUGGCUGUACAGGCAAUACUGCAUUGUACCGUUUCCGUACCCCGAACAAGUCGUCAGAGUUACCAACUCACAACUCCAGACUGUCAUUUAUGAAUCCAGUGACGUGCUUGUAACGCACGUGGAGGUGUUUGACCACGUUGGUCAUGGGUGGGAGUACGUGGUGGUGAACACGAUGAAGGUAUAUGACACUGAUAUCAAGGACGAGUUUCACACAGUGACAGUGCGAGAGGUUUUUAAGCGUAUGAGCAGCCAAGGUCCCAAUGCCUAUUUUGACUUGAGCAAGUUAUGUCGAUGUCCGUACGUGAAGAUGUUGUAUAACAUUAGCGUAUGGGAACAGAGAUGUGUCAACGUAGAUGUACAUGACCUAGUGGAAAGUGACUGCAAAGCCAACGACUGUUCAUGACUU